AACAGCGCCUACAAUAAAAAAAAGGGAAAAGCGAGAGUCACUAUAGCGCAGCUCCUAACUAUAAAAUGGCCCUAGCAGCAAUCGAUUCUAUGGAACAAACACAUCAUUUCAUAUAAUAGCUGAUAGCUUCUAGCUACUAUCAUUCUCUUUCUAACAAUUAACAAUGACAAACUUUAAGCCCCUAACUCUUUGCUUCUUCCUUCAAGCUGUUCUUGUUAUGAUUUCAAUACCAACAAGCCACUGCAGAACCUUCCCUUCAAACGAUGAAAAACUGAUAGAGAACACCUGCAAGAAGACACCCAACUACAAUGUUUGCCUUCAAUCUCUAAAGGCAAACCCUGGUAGCUCUGGUUCUGAUGUCACGGGGUUGGCUCAAAUCAUGGUGAAAGUGAUGAAAGCAAAAGCAAACGAUGCUUUAAAUAAAAUCCAUGAGUUGCAAAAGGUAGGAACUGGACAUAAGCAACAAAGAGCCUUGAGUUCUUGUGCUGACAAAUACAAAGCAAUUCUCAUAGGUGAUAUUCCACAAGCCACUGAAGCUCUGCAAAAAGGGGACCCCAAGUUUGCAGAAGAUGGUGCAAAUGAUGCUGCUAAUGAGGCUACCUAUUGUGAGAGUGACUUCUCUGGGAAAUCACCACUCACCAAACAGAACAAUGCUAUGCAUGAUGUUUCAGCUGUUACAGCAUCUAUUGUUAGGCUAUUACUCUAGUACUAGUAGCUGAAUCCUCUGCUUCUACUAAUUAAUUAUAAGUUGUUUCUGGAACUUGGUAUUUUGUUUUUUUUUUUAAAAAAAAGUUGUUUAAUUUAACGCAGUUGUAGAAUGUUAUGUAUAAAAUCCUACCCUCUCAGUGAUUCUAAUCAGUUUCCAGAACAAUCAAUUUGCUCA